AUUAUAUCAUUGGCCAAUUUACAGAUAGGCAUGUUUCUCCCCGGUCAUACAGGAUUAUAGAUUCUCUCAUCUCAUUAUCGGUUUGGGCGUGGAAAAUCUGACUGGUCGAACUAUUAAUGUUAGACGGGCUGUUGCUUCCUUCAUAAAGUCAUAAACUCGGCGCUUAAAGACCUCGCAAAGUUUUAAACUUUUUAAUUAUUACUAGAAAAGGAUUAUGUUUAUUCAAGAAUAUUGCGCGUUCAUAUUUUUUGUUUUUGUACCCCAAACAUUUAGUAAUGGUAUUUCAAAUUUAUCUUUAAAUAAAAAUGUAUGUAAAGUCACCGGGUCUGCUGUGGAUAAUACUAUUUUGAUUCGUACUUGGUUCAGUCGUAGUUUUUUAAAUUGUGUUAUAGAAUGUGCAAAAGGGACAAUGUGCCAGUCUGUAUUUUUUGAUAAAUCAACAAAAAUGUGUUAUUGGAAUAACAACAUUCCUGUUACUAUAACAACAACAACAACUUGUGGAUCUUUACUGUACUUACAGUUACAUACCGAAACCAGACCAACAUCCUUCUGUUGUUUGUCUUUUGACCCUACAGCUACACCAGAACCCACAACAGCACCUUCUACUUCGGCAAGUUCCACCACCCUGCCUACAACUACAACAGCAACUCCUACAGCUCCAAUUACCACAACAACUCCUACAACUACAAUUACCACAACAACUCCUACAACUACAAUUACCACAACAACUCCGACAACUACAAUUACCACAACAACUCCGACAACUACAAUUACCACAAAAACUCCUACAACUACAAUUACCACAACAACUCCUACAACUGCAAUUACCACAACAACUCCUACAACUACAAUUACCACAACAACGCCUACAACUACAGUUGACCCAGAUGGAUUUUUAGAUUUAACUUUGUCUGGUAUUAAAGUACGACUCAUACCAACAUCAAAGAUUCAGAGUCUAGCAGUGGCCGACUGUUUAAUAUUUUCAGGAAGUAAACUGGCAGUCAUCGAUUCUGCUCUCAAACAACAAGAUGUACAAAAUUAUUUACAAGGCUUAGGUGUAAGCACGGCUUAUAUUGGUGCAACAAAAUCGGUGGUUACCUGGAUAUGGACGGAUCUCAGUGAUGUAGGAUAUACAAACUGGCAAUCUUCAUCAGGAUUCUUAAAGAACUGUGCCAUCAUGGACAGCAGCAGCAGCUACAAAUGGGUGGCAGUGUUAUGCACGGAAAGUCAUCCUUAUUUAUGUCAAAAGUGGUAACGUAAGGCAGUAUUGACAAAAGCAUGCAGACAAUUAUCCAGUGAAACAUGCAGACAACUAUCCAAUGAAACAUGUAGACAAUUAUCCAGUGAAACAUGCAGACAAUUAUCCAAUGAUAAUUUCAGUAGCGUUUGUUAGGGGGUCGGACAGAUCAGUCCCGGGCUGUAAUUCAGUUCACUGCUUUGAAAAAAAAAUCUGACCCAAUUGUAUUUUCCCACGAAAGCACAAAUGCUAGGUUACCACUUUCAUGAUUCGGGCUACAAUCGACAUCGUGGUUUCAUUCGUGGAGUAAUCGUGGUGAUCCUAUUAGGACCUGUCAUAUCUUUAGGUCAGUCCUGGUAAUCUUGUUUUUCGUAGAAACGUUUUUGAAAUGAAAUGAAAUUGGGUUUAACGUCCUACUGUUCUGCUCCGAAAUGGGCUAAUGAAGGCGGGCAUACGCCAUACAGUGUGCUAUGAGGGAAAUUUUGCCAGGGCAGCGGCACUAUCGCCUACUCUUAUAUCGAAUUCCAUCUGCCAAGGGAUCUUUUAUGUGCAUUCCAAUGUAUACACGGGACCUCGGUUUUUCGUAGCAAUGAUCUCUGUGUUAAAAUUAUAUUUGGAAUGUGUUUAACCAGCUCUAUCACAUAUGCGUGAUAAUGACUGGCACCAAUAUUGUCCUUUAAGCUAUACUUACAGACCACAUACAAUAACCAUAUAAAAGUGGUAUAUACAUAAAGUCAGUAUUUACUAUGUACACUUUACAACAAUUUACUUCAAAGUCAUUCAUAUAUAUUCACUCAAAGUCGCAAAUAUAGAAUUUUCCUUAAUAAACGAGUUAUCCAAAUUAUCCAAAACACUCUAAAUCUUACACUACUCCAGUGACGUCACACUGAACAAAUGUUUAUUAGGAAUGUUUACUCUUCAACUACUUAUACAAGGACGAUGGAUACUCACUAACGCAAAUGCAAAUACCGAUGCAGGUUGUGAUAUGAUAAAUAGUCAUGGACACUGGCCCAGAUCCACUGGGCUGCACAUGCGACACGCAAUAGCGCCAUACACGUGGGAGGGGUUCAUUGUCAAAUUUGACAAUUCAAGGAAGUGUUGAUGAAAACUGCCGCGUAUUCUUGAAAUAAAAUUAAGCUAUAUGUUAGUCCCGAAAUGACACAGUUUCUGUCGAGUGGACGUUACACCCCAUUUCUCUCUCUUUUACAACUGAGGGGCGUUAGCCCCGAAGAUUUUCUUUCUAUUUACAUAAUGGAUACUCUGAAGGGCCCUCACAUACAGUGAGGGUGGGGCGGGGUAUGCCAUGGCGCAACCCUUCUUAUGAAGCGGCAUACAAUCUAUUAUUUAUUCAAAAGGGGUCCCGUGGACUAGCCUAGGCUAAGAUAGCAAUUCACCGGCUUUCGUUGCCUCAAAACCUGAGUAAACCAGCAAAAAAUGUCAGCAAAUGGAGAAGGUAGAAUUAUGAUUUUUCCAAGACAUAUUAUA